AAAGAGAGAGAGACUGACUGACUCCCAGGCUGCCUGCCUCCCGCCCUCCCUCCUCACACACAUCGACUGGAAACUGACUGGAGAGCAGCGCACAGGGAGAGCCAGCCAUAGACACACACUGAGGGGAGAGCAGGGACCACCGAGAGACAGCAGGCACACACACACUACUCCCAGCCUUGUCCCUCAGGCUAAUAAAGUGUCCAUGCCCUGGAGCUGCCAGGGCACCUGGAGUGUGUCCCUCCUGCCCAAGGGGCAAUGUGUGGGGGCAAGUAAAUGCAGAGAGCAGAAUCCCUGUGCUAGCCUCCAUCCUGUGUUGGCGCCUGAGAUAAUGCACAAGAAGAUGCUCCGUGACAAACUGCUGUCUGCCGAAAGAUCACCUACAGAGAAAUAAAAGGCACUUCUCCCGCUGUCACCAGCCCUGCCGAAUCGCCAUCUAAUCAGUUGCUUAUUGAGGGUCUCACCUAAAAAUAAAGGUGACUGAAUUAAGCAGUUUCGGUGGUUUCCCCCCUCUCUCCCCUCCUACCCCCUUCCACCUACCCUCCUCAGAGAUGUCCAAUAUGAACACUAAUGUCUGCGUGGAGAAUGGACAGAACCCCGAGGCUGCCGUGCUCCCCAAGGAUAACCUGGUGGAGGGGGCUUUGAACAGCCUCAUGGAUUACAAUUCGGAAAUGGAGAGGUAUAGGUCCUUUGCUACCUUUUACAAAACCAACGGUGCGUUCCCUCAGGCGGCUAAGAUUGCCAGGAUCACCACUCCUAUCUUCCCCAGUGCCCGGAUUGGCAUGUCUCCUUGGAACUGUGAUAAUGCAAUGCUUUGGGGAAGGAAAUCAGCAGCUAUCAACCCUAAUAGGACCAGCAUGCACAGAAACGACUCCCAAAGGCUGGGGAAGCCUGGCGGAGCGCCAGAGUCGUUGCAAAUGGCAAAUAAUAAUUUCCUUUCCACCUUAUCCCCUGAACACUGCAGACCUUUGGCAGGGGAAUGCAUGAACAAGCUCAAAUGCGGCGCCGCUGAAGCAGAGAUAAUGAAUCUCCCUGAACGCGUUGGAACUUUUUCCGCUAUUCCGGCUCUAGGGGGCAUCUCAUUACCUCCAGGGGUCAUCGUCAUGACAGCCCUUCACUCCCCCGCAGCAGCCUCGGCAGCCGUCACAGACAGUGCGUUUCAAAUUGCCAAUCUGGCAGACUGCCCGCAGAAUAAUUCUUCGGGAGCCGGCGGGAACCCUGCCAAGAAGAAGAGGAAAAGGUGUGGGGUCUGUGUGCCCUGCAAGAGGCUCAUCAACUGUGGAGUCUGCAGCAGUUGCAGGAACCGCAAAACAGGACACCAGAUCUGCAAAUUUAGGAAAUGUGAAGAGCUUAAGAAAAAACCUGGCACUUCGCUAGAGGGUCUAUAUUGUACAGAGCACCUUGGAACCCUGCAUCUGAGGGACCAGCCCUGGCCUUGCAACAUGGACAGGAACCUUCUCCUGCAGGCAGCUGGAUCGGGAGUUUCGCCCCACGACAGUACGGAGCAGGUGCUUGGUUGGCUAGAGAACACCGGUCCCCAGCGCCGAAGCAUUCCGAUGGUUCUUUUAAGCAGAUGUAUAUCAUAUUUUCAAGGCACUCUGAAGUGAUUGACAAGCACUGGUCUUAUUUUGGGAACUGCUAAGUCCAUGACUGAAGAAUAUGCUGAGACACUAUUUUCAUUUUGUGUACAGGGGUUUCCUCAAAAGAAAACAAUGAAUAAUGUUAAAAAAAAGAAAAGAGAAAAAAAAAAUGCAAAAAACAAAAACAAAAAAAAAACACAUCACUAGAGCCUGGCUGGUUUACUUACUUUUAGUACACAGGUUCUUUCUUUAAUGUACUUUAGCUAUAAUUAACAGUGAAAUUGUUGUCUACUUUAAAGUGACUACAAACAGAGAUUUGGGUAAACCCCUGCUGUAAUAUGAUGUAUCUUUGAGAAAUUAACAUAUCUAUACUUCAUUUCCAAAUAUGUGUUUCAGUACUGUAAACUGUACAGAUAGCAGCUUGUAUUUUGUGUGUUUAGACACAAGGAGACAAUCACGUCUGAGCAUCUAUAUGAAGAUUAACAGUUCGUAAGCAGCAGCGUGGUUCUGCAACUUAAAUCCGGAGCAAUAAAUUCUAGCUUUAAACAUUAUUUCGCCAGCUGGAUAGUCACAGAAGCAACAGCACUGUUAUUUUUAUUUUUGUAGUUUUUACCUUACUUAUUUUUUGUCUUUUUUUUGCCAUUUUAAAAAUUUUAUUUGACAUACAUACUGUACAUUCCCAAAUUCCAAAAUGUAAAAAAGGAAAAUUGUCAUCCACACAUUGACUAUUGUCAAAAAGUCAACUGUGAGUGUCUUCUAUCCGUCCUGGCGAUAUUUCCAUGUUCCUGAGCCCCAUCUCCUUUUUAUGUAUCCAAGGAGCAAUUCAUCCAUUCUGACCUCUUGAUGGGUGUUACUAAGAGGAUAUCCCCAGCAGCACUUACCACAGAUGACCCACUUUUCACUGCUUUGUAGACCAGAGUAAAAGCAGCAUAUGGUAUUGUAGUUUGUCCAAUCGGACCAGUCUUUUGAAUUAUUUGUUCAGGGAAACAGAAGUGUCCUGUGACCAUGUAACUGAGUACAUGCCUUCUGGUUAGGUUUUUCUAUAGUAACUGUAAACACUGUAAAAUAUAAAUGCAUUCUCACUGUAAUGACAAGAGAAAAACAUGCAUAUAGAUAUAUAAAUAUAUAUAUAUAAAUAUAUUUCUGUAUAUAUAGGUCAUGUCCAAUACAGCCAGGCAACUCCAGACUUGAAGAUUUUUCUGAAGGAUCUAAAUAUAAAACUUUAUUCAUUGCAGGAGUGGAUUGAGUGCUCAGGCUAAUGGGCAGGGCCUGGGGCCUCUGCAGCUGAGAAUAUGGCCCUUAGGCCCAUAUUCCCCUGUACACAGAAGAUAAGUCCAGCAAUGGUUCCUGCUUAAAGCUGUUAAUGAAUUACUUUGUACUCCACCUUAUCACUUGCUGUGUAUAGCACAUUACGCGAUAUCAUUAGUCUAGGGCGUAGACCUCAGUCUGCUCGUGAUCUAAUACAUAGCGGUAUUUUGUUCCUCAAUACCAAAUAAAAGCUUCUAUACUUAGCUUUGUAUUGAAAGUCCCAAAAAUAUCUGCCAGAGGAUGCCUUGUCAGUUGUAUAACUCCAAAUCUGGAAUUGCCUACCCCAUUUUGUUAUACUCUAUUCCAUGAUAAAACCGUUGCAUUACCUUGUGUCGUUUUCAUACUUGUGUAGCAAUUUAUGGUACUUUUUUAUGUUAUAGUCCUACUGAACAGCACCAAUCUAAAAGCCCCUCCAGCAGAUAAAUAUUUUUACCUAAUGUUUUAGCUAUGUAUGUAUCUUAUAAGUGAGUCUUGAAUGUUUUAAUUUUGUGGGGUUUUUGUAAUAAAUGUUUAAAAAUUCCAUUGAGUAGAUCUAAAAUACCUAGGUAGCUUUAAAGACUCAUACGAAAUGACUUCAUCCGGUUAGCCACCUUUACCAACCUGAACAGGAUUAUUUUUUUUGUGACUGUUUAUCCAAUACAAGAGGGAGUAUCAUUCUGCUAAUAGUGAUCAGACACAAGUAAAGCCUUGUUUGCACUUUGACGAAUACAUUUUCUUAGCCUUCUAGAAGGUUGUAAUUUCUCUAUCCGAGAUGUAAAAUUAUUCAGUUCAAGGUACAAUAGCUACAGUUCUUUUUACCAGUGUACACACUGUCUGAUACCCUAAUGUUGCAUGUCUUUGUGUGCUUUCUUUUUUAAAGAGCUGGUUGAUCUAUAUAUUGUAACUGUGCUGCUUACAUGUCCAAUCCAUUCAAAGCUAUACAUUACAGAGAAUGAAGAAAGACGGUUUACUGUAGUGCUAAUGCCAUAAUUCUUCUACAUAAAUUUGUGUUAUCAACCUAAAAGAUAUGUUGUGUCAGAAUAUAUUUUAGUGUUUGUUUUUGUCAUUUUAGUUUUUAUAGCUUUUUUUAUGGGUAAGUGAAGUGUAAAGUGAAAUUCCACUCCUUUUGAAGUUACACUAGGUUAUAUUCUACAUAGCAUAGCUUCUAUGAGUUAUGUACAGUAUAAUCCGCUAGAAGAAAUGGUUGCAUAGGGUCUAUUCCACAAGGGGUUGGAUGAUUGUCCAGAAUUACCAAAUGAAGCCCAUAAGCAAGAAUGAAGCUGUUUCUAGGCAAAAACCAUACCCUUUUUCUCUAAUCUCAUACAACCUCUUUAAGAGCUCAUGCACACAAGUGUACAAUGAUAUAACGCUGUUUGGAGCCUUAAAGGGGUUUUCCGCUUUUUACUAUUGAUCACUUAUACUCAGGAUAGUUCAUCAAUAUCAGAUCGUGGGGGGCCGACACCCAGCACCUCCGCCGAUCAGCUGUUUGAAGAGAAGGUAGCACUUGUAUGUGCCGGGUGUUGGACCCCUGCCUAUCUGAUAUUGAUGACCUAUCCUGAGAAUAGGUCAUCAAUAGUAAAAAGCAGACAACCCCUUUAAUAUGACACUCAUAUAGACUUCUAUGGAGUUACGCCUCCAAAUACCCUGAACUUCCUAGAUAGGCAUGUUCUACUUGAUGUUGUAUAUCUUUAUUAUACAGCACCAUAUGAAUUACCAAAUAGUGGCACACGGAGUUCCUACCACUUCUGUAUGCCUUAGGUUCCAGUACAUGUGACAAAGCAAACAAAGGGUAGACAGAACGGAGCAAUCUGACCUUCUGGUUUUAGUAGAACUCAAUAGUACAUGCUAGAAAAUGGAUGUAAAGGAUAGUUGUUUUUUUUACCCUAUCUACUAGGCUAACAGGUGUUCUCUGCUGUGAGCCUCAUGGUCCAACCGGGGAAAAUGUGCCUUACAGCAGAACCGUGAGCUGUUUGGUAAUACAUAUUAUGUAUUUUUAACCUCCUCCAUACUAUGACAAACAUUAUUCAACUAAUGGAUGUUCACUUUAAGUUUCAGUUAUGGUGUUCUUCAAAAUAGGGUACAGACAGUACUAAAAUCUUCAUUUUGCAUCAUGAUUUAGAAAAAAAGCUUAAGAAUCUUGGCAUGUAACUCUUACAAUUAAUUCAAAAGAAUAGCAAUAUUUAUAUUGGUUACAUCUGUAAUUGGAUAAUGAGGAAAGAAAUGUGUUAAAUGAACAUACCAUUUAGGGUCGAAUACCUUCAGCAAAAUAACAGUAGUAGGUCUUUGAUCAUAGCUAGAUGCACAGUGAUUUCAAACAGUUGGUUCCAUGUAGCAACUAAAUGUUCCAGAUUUUGUUUGUCAUUAAAUUUGGCAGUUUCACACUGAGAUCUACUAUGUUCCUAGUGAAUAAAAGACAGCUCCUACUGGAUGAUAGAAUGAUUACACUAUAUUAAAAAAGGGAACUGCAUUUUAUUCUUUUUUUUCCCUUUUAAUUUAAUUUGGCCCACUGAUAUGUACAACUUUCACGAUGUUCCCCUAUUUCUGAACUGUGCUGUAAUCUAUGACAUUUUCUAACAGAUAUAUGUGUAAGGUGUAUGUAUGCUUGUGCAGUUAUGGAAAAAGCAGUUUUGGAAAACAGUGUAUUUAUGAGAAAAAAAAUCACCUAUGGGGCAUGUAAAAAACUGUAAAAAAAAUACACAUUAAUUUGCCCGGUAAAGUUGUUUUUGUGACAUUUCUGUGUUGUUAAAUAAAGGACUUUAGUAUU